ACAGCGGGACUGCAGCAAGCAUUCUGACACUGGGGGGAACUGACUAACUGCCACUGACAUCCCCAGUGACACUAAUACAGUGAUCAGUGCUAAUAAAAAGCACUGACACUGUACUAAUGAUACUGGGCAGGAAGGGGUUAACUUUUGGGCAAUCAAAGUGUUAACUGUGUGCUGUGUGUGUUUUGCUAUGUGUGUUGUGCGCUGUGUGUGUUUUGCUAUACAUGCUGCUUUGUAUAUCUCUGCUGUGCAGAGAAAUACAAAGCAGCAUGUGCUUGCUGACAGGAGAGAGACCUGUGUUGUUUACACACAGGUA